AUCUCCAAAGACUUGUUUUCAUAUGUCCACUGGAGAUUUCAACAAAUCAAGGGAAACACAAGACCAUUUGGAGGGAUUUCUGUUUUGGCUGUGGGAGAUUUCUACCAGCUGCCACCAGUGGGAGGAGCAAAACCUCUUUGUGUCACUGAGGCCGGCGUCCUUGAUAUCUGGAACGAAAAUUUCCACAUGGUCAGUCUGACGGAAAUCAUGCGACAGAAAGACGACAGAGCAUUUGCGGAGCUCCUGAACCGGAUUAGAGUUAAAGGGAAAGCAGAUUUACUCAGCGACGGCGACAGAUCUCUCUUAACGCAAACUAUUACCGACCCCAAAGAGUGUCCAAUGGACGUGCUGCAUGUUUUUGCGACAAACAAAGAGGUGGACGCUCACAAUGCAGCAGUUGUGGCUUCUUUAUCAACAGUAAUAGUUGAUGUUCAGGCAGAGGACUACAAGAGGGAUACAAAAACAGGAAACAUGACAAAUCUAGGUAGCUGCGUCAAAGCCAAGAAACGAGAUUUGCCUGACAAUCUACAGGUCGGAUUGGGAAUCAGAGUCAUGAUCAUAAGAAACCUGAACGUAGAGGAUGGUCUUGUCAAUGGAACCUUUGGCACUAUUGCAGAUAUCAUCACCAGGACUAAAGAUGGAAACAGAACCGUGAAAUUAAUAGGACUGAAACUGGAUAGUCCCACAGCUGGCCACACCAAAAAAAUCAAAGGGAAACCAGACAACUUUGUGUACAUCAAGAGAUUUGAGGAACAAACCAGCAUAAAAGGAGUUGUUCGACAUCAGUUUCCAAUCAAUUUGGCGUUUGGAUGUACAGCACACAAAGUACAAGGGAUGACCAUGAAGUCUGCAGUUGUUUCUUUGAAGAGAGUUUUUGAACACGGAAUGGCAUACGUCGCCCUCAGUUGCACAACUUCUCUGGAAGGACUUAAAAUCAUUGAUUUGGAUGAGAAUAAGAUCUACGCCGAUGAAAAUAUCAGAGCAGCUAUGGAUUCAAUGAGAACAGCAUCGUUCUCAAACGCCAGACCGCUCUUGAAUUUUCAAUCACGUCAUCAAAGUGCAACUUUCACAAUUAUUCAUCACAACGUCGAAGGUCUCAUCUCUCAUUCUGAGGACAUGAAACACCAUCAUGAACUCAGAUUGGCAGAUAUUUUAUGCCUUACCGAGACUCAUUUAUUUGGAUCUUCUGCUCCAGCUUGUUGCCAAAUGGAGGGUUAUUGUUUCUUUUCACGCAACAGACAUGUUUCUUAUUCCAACCGAGUGGACAUGUCUACCAAAGAGGGGGGAGGAGUCGCCACUUACUGCAGGAGUCUUCUACAACCCCAGGAGCGGAGAUACUUUCACAAUGUUACCGAUCUUGAAUACAACGUUGUGAAAGUGGAUGCUCCGGUCACAGCCCUCAUUGCCACGGUUUACAGGCCACCAAGUUAUGAUCUAGCUACGUUUUUGACAAACAUGCAAAAUCUUUUGGAUGGCCUGAAUUCAAUGGAUAUUCAGCCAGUUGUGGUAUUGGGAGACUUCAACGAGGACCUCCUCUCUCCGGGGAAAAAAGCAAUCAAGGAGUUGUUUGGAAGCAAAGGAUUUACUCAACUCAUCUCGGAUCCAACAACGGAAAGGCAGACUCUCAUUGACCACAUUUACAUUUCUCAGCCAGAAUAUUAUGUUCAGUCACGUGUGUUGCAGACUUAUUACAGUUACCACAACCCUGUAUAUUGUAUUUUGGCUUCAUUUUCAGCUGCAUCUUCACCAUGACUUGAGAGGAGGGCUCGGAAACAAAUUACACUAGGACAAUAGUCCUGUCAUUUUUAAUGGUACUCCAUCUUAGGUAAAAACACCAAAGUGAGAACAAAUAAUCAGAAUCAAAUGUCCUCAAUGAUUCGCUUGGAUACUGGAAAUCCAGUUGAUGUAUUUAAAGGGUAAUAAGAAUAACGGUGUCGGCUGAUGGCCUGUACAGGUCCAGUAACGGCUGUAAGCUUAUUGCUCAUGAAUACUUCAACUUGAGAUGACCACAGUACUCCAUUUGAGGCACCGAGUGGUCACCUAGGAUACCCCUGGGAUAUUGUAAGAAAGUGAAUGUAUUUAACAGGUAAUAAGAAUAGCGGUGUCGGCUGACGGCCUGUACAGGUCCAGUAACGGCUGUGAAGCUUAUUACUCUUGAAUACAGCUACUUCAGACGACCACUGAACUAAUUUGGAGACCAGUGCAUUUUUGAAACAUUUUAUUUAACUCCCCUAGAGAACCUGCUAGAGCUCUCUAGUAUUCUUUUUAUUUUCCUUUUUUGGUUUUCUUUCUGAUCAUGAGCCAAUGCUCCAGUCUGAUGGAGCAGUUUUUUCCACACUAUGGACAUUCUCCACUCCGCUCGGUUUGCUUGGCCAUUAUGUUAAUUUGCUUUGAGUGGAAAUAACCGUUUUUUGCCCAGUUUUAGUAAGUUUUUGCAGGCUUGAGAGCAUGCAACGCACGGUAUGACUCAUGAGGGUUCCAAGAAGAGAUGGAGGAGGCUGGACCUGGUCGAUUUGCAGAGCGGCCCAUCAUACGUCACCAAGCGCAGGACACCCCAACCCACCUGGCAGCCUUGAUCUUCCAAGCAGU